AUGGCGCACUUGCUUAGCGGCGCCUGCCUGGGGAAUAGGGAGCAGGCCAGAUGGUUCCUCAGAGUAGCGCGAGCGCAGACGGGGACGGCGAUAAGCAAAGUACCAGCACAGGCGGCACCCGACUCCAAGGAUACGCUGAAGACGCUGAGGAUAGCGCAUGUCGCUGCGCUGAAGGGCUCACGCUAUAGGGUGCUGGAGGACGGGUACGAUGCACUAGCCCCUGCCGUCGGGGGGGUGUUGCCGGCGCUGGUAGAUGAUCUCUCGGAGAAGAGUCGGAGGGACCUUGGCGCCGGGGUCACGAGGAACUUGCAAGUCGUGGCCGAGGCGGCGACGGGAGCGGUGCAGAGGUGGAUCCAGCUCAAUGAUGAGGCUACAGCGCGCAUAAUGAAGAGAGAGGAACACAUCGAGUGGCUGAGGAAGCUCUUCACUGGGUGGAAGGAGGCCCGGCCUUGA